UCCAGAUUUAAGAGUCAGAAAAAGAGUCUAUGAAUGUAAAGAAAUCUCAUGGGAUCUUUCUUUCAAAUUAUACUUUUUCUCAGUUUGUAACAGGACCCACAAUCUGCAGAUUUAAUAAGUGAGAACCCUACCUUCAGCUGCCAGGAUGCCAGAGCUGAACUGCUCACUCACUGCUCUUGCCAUGACUGCUGACACUUUCUUCAGUGACAUAGGCUGCCCAGAGAUUGCUGUGAUGUGUGGGAUGAAUAUAUCCUGGCUUUUAGCCAAUGCUACUGAAAAAGAUGUGAGCGAAAUGUGCUUGAGCCAGGAGGAGUACCUUACCCUGCAAUUAGGGCCUGCAAAGUCCCCCAGGUUUAUUCCUGUGUGCAUAACCUACCUAGUUAUUUUCAUGGUGGGUGUCCUGGGGAAUUCCUUGACCUGUACUGUGAUUUUGCGCUACAAGGUGAUGCAGACACCCACCAACUACUACCUGCUCAGCUUGGCCAUCUCUGACCUGCUGGUGCUGCUGCUGGGGAUGCCAUUAGAGCUGUACGAGAUGCAACAGAACUACCCAUUCCUGCUCGGGGAGGGGGGCUGCUACUUCAAAAUCUUUCUGUUUGAGACAGUCUGCUUUGCCUCCAUCCUCAAUGUCACAGCCCUCAGCGUGGAACGUUACAUAGCAGUGGUGCACCCCCUCAAAGUCAAGUACUUGGCAACACGUGUUCAUGUCAAGAAGGUCAUCUUAGUGUUGUGGGGGCUGUCCAUGCUGUGUGCUGUGCCGAACGCCAGUCUGCACGGGAUAGUGGUGCUUCCUCCACGGUUUGGACGAGAGUUUCCCCAGUCUGCUAUAUGUCAUCUGGUCAAGCCCACCUGGAUGUACAACAUAAUCAUCCUGAUAUCCACACUGGUCUUCUUUGCUCUCCCUUUGUUGAUCAUUAGCAUUCUUUACUUGCUCAUUGGACUUCAUCUGCACAGGGAGAAGGUCAUAAACAUGGCGGGGGCUAAUGGCAACUUUGGACCUAACUGUCUGUCCAAGUCCAACAAGCAGAGGCUGAGCAAACGCAACCUGCAAGUCACCAAGAUGCUGUGCGUACUGGUUAUUGUCUUCAGCCUUUGCUGGGCUCCCUUCCAUGUGGACCGCUUGAUGUGGAGCUACAUCGACAUGUCGUCCGUGCAGCACCAGAUGAUUUUUGAAAAUGUCCACCUUAUCUCUGGCGUUUGCUUCUACCUGAGUUCUGCCGUCAACCCAAUCCUCUACAACCUGAUGUCGACCCGGUUCAGAGAGAGGUUCAGCCACAUUACAUGUCACUCCAAAGGCUGUCCGGCACGUUCGCGUUUUAGCAUGAAUCAGCGCAGCACUUUGACUGAGGAAGUGCAGAACAGCAAGAAAUUGACUUAAUGACCUCUGGGGAAGUUCACAAAAAGUUGUCAGAAGUAAAUUUGCAAAAGACAAAACCGAACAAAAGCAGUGGAGUGUAAAAGGAGUCACAGGGUUCAUUUAUAUGGUAAAUUAAUGAGCACUGAUCUCCUCCAGAGAAUUCUGGUCUGGCCACCAAUGUCAUCAAGGCUCCAAAUGAUGGAAUAUCUUUUGGAGGAAAGGUUUUUCAUGGUACCAUGAAGAAAAAGUCUAUUAUAAGCAUCAAAGCUACUCUGUAGGCAGAAAACCUAACAAGACUCUUUACACUGCAUCAUGUUUAUAAUUCUACAUUUAUUACUCAUCAUUAUGGUCCAAAAAACACCCAGAAGUCAAAGAGGGAAAAUUUUACUUGUGACUAAAUCCCUUGUGAAAGGAGAGAGACAGAUUUCGGAGGCAGGUUUUUGUGAUGUAAAAAAUGAGACUUCACCCCACAACAUUUUCCCCAUAUAACGUAAAAUGUAUCUGUACAGUUAAACUGAAAACAAAUUAAACAUUAAAGAAACGUGCACAACCUUAAACUAAUACUUUUCUGAAGCACCUUUUUACUCUGUCUAGUCUUUCUUAGUAGGAGUCAAUCAGCAUCCCACACUCUGAUGUGGGUAUUACGUUCUACUUUAUGGACGUUCUGUCCUCUAUCAGAUUAUGAAGACAUCUCUUGUCUUCUGUCAGAUUUAAUUCUGAACUCUCUCUGAGCCAUUUUAAAAUUUCUAUUUCCCUCUCAUGCACUGACUCUUUCGUUGCUUCGGAUGCAUGUUUGGACUCACUGUCUAAAAUCCCUCUUCAUGUUCAACUUUGUAGAAGAGAACUGUACUGUUUUGGCCAAAACUGACUGGUAUUCGGAGCUAUUUUGAACUCCUUCCACCUUGACAUAAAUCUCAGUUCCAUCUGACCAAAAGUAAUCCCAGAGCAUGAUGCUGCCACUACAAUCUUCUGUGGUUCUCUUGGUGAUGUGCAUUUGGGCAUUUUUUGUGCUAAACGUAUCUUUUGGAAUUCUCCCCCAUAUGUUCCAGUUUGGUUAAAGACCAUAAAAGAUUCUCCCACAAUGCGUGGGCCGAAUUUUGUCAUGCAACCCUGCUCCUUAGUACAGACAUAACAAAAUAUGUAAUCAAAGGUGAUAGUGGAAAAAUUCAAAUAGGUCAUCUUGUUUAGUAUCUGUUUUACUAUGUGUGUCCUAGAUCAGCUUGUUGUCAAUGAGAUGUCCAGUUCAGACUUGAUCUACUCUUGCAGCUCAGCGUGCCACACUUAGAGACGCCUGGAAUGCAGGGCCUUUCUGAUAUGAACGUAGCGUUUACCCAAGAGAUGAUACCUCUCUUCUCUCCAAGGCGUCACAUCAUGUUGAUCUCUUUUAGAAAUCUGAUGCUCAAGGUCUGUUUUAUGCCCCUGUCUCUGUAAUGUGAACUACUUUCUCAUUUUGUGAGGGCACAUAAAAACUCGUUUUUUCCGUUUAUGGCAGGACGGGCAGACUGAGACACUGGUUUGGUUGUAUGCUCUGUCUGUUCUCAAUUCUUGCAAGGAUUUAAUAAAAGUGCCACUUUGAUUCUCUCCGUUCUCCUUGUUAAAUGAGCUUACUAAGGUGCGUUUUGUUUUUUCCAUUAACAAUAGGGGAUCGUUGUCACACGCAGAACACAACCAGUACUUGUGGGACAUUCCUGCAGCUCCUUCAGUGUUACCUCUUGGCAACCUUUUUGAAGAAAUUUCAAUUGUUAAAUUUUUUAUAAUUAUAUGUGGAAAUCUUUUUAAAUGAUUUUUAAAAGUAUCCCUUUCUUACAUAACAAAAACCAGGCAUUUAAAUAGAGCCACUGUGCAUUUUCACAUGACCCCUUAAAUCACAUUUAAACCAUUGGACUAUUGAGAGAAUGUCAAUGUUUAAAUUAUUGGUAAAAAUAAAUCUGGCCAAUAGUGUAAACCAUGUUCUUUUUGUUGUGCAACUGUUUUGUGUUGUGCAUACAAUAUAUAAUGUGAAGUUUGACUGUUCCAUGCUUGCCUAUAAAAUGCUAUAUAGUAUCACUGUUUACACCCUCUUGUUGCUAGAGAAACUGAGUGUAAAUAAGAUAUAGCAAAUGAGGUCAGUUAAGUGAAGUGAAUUAAUUUAUAGAAUUUUGUUUUGCUGUAAGCUAACACAUUUUGUCAUGUGCCUCAUAUCUUUCUUAAUAAAUCUUAAGAGCUACUCAUCGAAUCGCCAACCUCAUUGUAAUGUAUCAAUGUGGCCGAAAUCAUGAUUGCAAAGGUUUUCUUGGAUGCAGUAUCUGAUUGUUGUUUUUUUCUUAUUCCCUCACACUUUGCAUGCAAAUAAUACAUUUGACCAACUGGCUGGACUUUCACUGCCCUUGAUGCUAACAUCGGAUGUUAAAACUUAAGGAUGGUGGUGAAGACAUCAUGAUGAUGAAAACGAAGCAAAACAGUUUUCAUUUGGAUUGAGGUCUUAACACUGACAAGGCCAUUCUGACAUAUGAAUCUGCUUUGAUCCAAACCUGCAUUGUUGCUCUGGCUGUAUGUUCAGGACCAUCAUCCUGUUGGAAG